CUAUACUAAGGUUGAUAAUACUUGCGACACGUUCACUAAGGCUACUGCCAUGGAUAAUAAACGUAAUUAUCGCGACAAGAAGAGCAAUCAUGACGACCAUGGUACAGUUGCGUCGACACUCCCCGAUACGGUGAAACAGAUUGCGCAAUGCCUAGAUAUCGCUACAGACAAAGACACUUCCAAGGAUCUGGUUUUAUCCUUAACAUCGGCGUCUACUGAUAAGACAAAAGUGAUUGAGUUUCUCGACAUUAUCAGUUCGCGUCAGUACGAUUCAAGCCUGGAAGACCUACAUGAUUUCGCGGGUGUCCAGGACCAACAAGACUGGGCUGUACAUUGCCCAAAAAUGGCGAAACUAUAGAAUAGUUUCACUCAGGCUAUGCGGCCGGUUUGUCACAACGAGUUCAAUAUCGAAGAGAUGACCGCGCCUUCUGGCCCAUUGCGAUCGCGAUGCACUUUUGUCUGGCACUACCCGACAUUUGCCUCAAGAAACACGCGUUACUCCCAUGUUCUCGACCCUGACAGUAGUACCAUAUUAAUGCAAGCAGUAGGUUCAUAUGUGUAUUUCUCCAAUAGGUCCUCAUCGUUACUCUAGUCAAAGAUCGGUUUGCCUCGCGAUUUGAAGACUCUCAAUUUGUAUCCAAUCCGGCUGCAUUAUAAUAUCGGCGACGCCAAUGAAGUAAACUGGGCUAAGGAGUUUUCUAAUUGGGAUGCAAUUCAGAUGCUAUCGGUUUCUUUCUCGUGCAACAGAUGGCGACAAGAUCAUCGUCGCGAUAGGCAACCAUACGUUUCAACCACUGGUGACGAUGGCAGAGGGAAGAGGUUGGACGAUCAGGCAUCUAAAGCUCAAUAUUCAACAGAAAAUCUUUGGCGAGCCAGUACGGCUUACUCUUGCCUUGGACAAGAACUCGAACCUUCAACAAAUCAUCGUUCGAUCCUAUCAUGGCCAAUUCGCGUUCCGCAAUCAAAAUCAAUCCCUUGGCGCACUCUGGGAUCUUAUUUUUAACAGCGCCUGCGAUUUUGCAGGUAUAUCAGUAUUAAAUCAUAUGUUCUUUACCUGGAGAAGUUGCCCUACUGAAGAAUUGUCGAAUUAUCAUUGUUCAACUUCUUCUGUCGCGACGGGCACGUCG